UUCCCUUAGUCCCGCUGUCUCACUAUUGCCUCUAAUUUUUCUUCAUUCUCGCACUCUUCUUCCACUAGAGCAUUUUCUUCUUGAGAGCUCACCAUCAACCAUUAGGUUUUGGUAGAAUCUCUCUCGAUCUCUAAUUCCUCAUUAUUCUGCUGCGUUUCAUUCUCGGAGAAGCUUCAAGGACCUUUAAAUCAGCUCGCGUCGCGCGUUCAGUCUUCUUCCUUGGAGCCUCUUCCAUAAGGUGAUAGUGGAGAGUGAUGGCCGAAAGUUCUUCAAUUGACCCGCCUGAAUUUCCAUCAAAUUUUAAUGUCCUUGCCAUUGAUACUGACCUCAAAGUUCUUGAAUUCAUCGAGAAAUCAUGCAACAAGAAUUCUCAUCAAGUUAAGAUAUGCUCUAAAUCUACAAGUGCGGUCGAUCUUUUGCUGAAAAAAGAAAUAGACUUUCAUUUGAUUAUCAUGGAACUCCAUAUGCCAUUGAUUGAUGGCUAUGAAUUUCUGGAAAUUCUCGAUGAUGAAGCAAUUGAUGUUCCUUUCAUCAUGAUGUCUGAGGACUGUACUCCUCUUUCCCAAGAGAAGGCUUUUAGACUUGGAGCUUGCGAUUAUUGGAUUAAACCCUUCUUCUUUGAGUAUGAGUCUUUGUUCGAGAAUAGGAAUUUGUGGUCACCUAUGAUUCGACAUCAUUUCUACUUCAGGCGCAUAGGGAUAAAUAUUGAUAGCUUGAAAGGUGAUGAAAAAGGUGAUGAAAAAGGAGAGACAGGUUAUAAUUCUGAUGGAGAAGCGGAAGCCGAUGAUGAUACUCCCCAUAAGAAAGAAUAGCCUAGUAGAUUGCAAAAAAUAUGCUUAAGAAGUCAAAAAGCUGCCGCAGCUGAAUAAAAAGACUGAAUAGAGAGACUGAAUAAAGAGACUAAGAAUAUAAAAUUACUAUUACUAUUAAAAUAGUUCCUUUCUUUCAUUAAUACAUUGUUAUUCUUAGUGCGAA